AAUAAUAAUAAACAAGCAAAACGGCAGGAUUGUUUUGUUCCUAACUUUUUUGAAUAGUUCUGUUAUUAAAACAAGGCCUUUUAACUCAAGUCAGAGUGCUAAGAUACUGCUGGUAUCAUCACCACCAUGCAGUUCGACCUGGUCAGGGACACCACCAAGCUUUGCCGAGUGUGCUUGACGGAUAGCGUUGGACAUCGCACCGACCUGUACGAAGCCCUAGUAUCUGACCAGACUAGCUUGCACGAAAUGCUGAAAGCCAUUUGCGCCACCGUAUUCGAUAAAUCCAACGCUGAGUGUCCACCCGGCAUGCCUACGACGGUUUGCGCCGACUGCCGGAAUAAUAUCCUCGUGGCUUUCAAGCUGCACCAGUCUUGCAUCGAUAGUGAGCGUCGGCUGAUAGAGCUGUUGGCGCUAAAGUGGGAGCUUCGAGAUCUGAAGAGUGAGGAUGAAUCCGGAGAUCCACUUAAGUCCGUCGGUGAGGAAGCGCCGCAAGAAAAAAUGUUAAGCGUUGAAUUGGAAAGUCAAGUUAAGCUCCAACGAGAAAUGCAUCUUCUCGAGGAGGAGCAACCAAAAGACGAGAUGGAAGAUUCACUUUUAGAUAGUGAGCAUGGAGAAACGAUAAAGGUUGAAGAAUUAGAUUUGAUCGACGUGGACGACAACGAAAACGGCGAUAUUUCUGAAACUGGUGAGACCAUAGAACCUUCCGUCGAAGAAAACACGAGCAAUAUCAUCUGUAACAUUUGCUCGACGUCGUUUGGUGAUGCUGCCAUAUUGAGAAAACACAUGACCCUAACACAUCAGUUGCACAUGUGCGAGUUUUGUCCAAAAUCUUUCAAAAUCCGCGCAAGUUUUACUCGUCAUCGGCGGCGACACUUCAAGAAGCAUCCGGAGAGAGGCUCAUCCGGAACGCGGAAGGUGUAUUCUUGUCAAUAUUGCGAGGAAACGUUCAAAGUGGGUAUGCAACUUAAGAGACACAAAGCAGCUGUCCAUCGGAAUGUAAAAGAUCCGGAUCAACCUUUCACGUGCAGAUUAUGCGCGGAAUCGUACGCAACGGCAUCGGAGCUGUUGACUCACAAAAAAACGCAUGAAAACCCAGUUAACUGUUCAUGUGGACGUAGAUUUAAAAACGAUAUGAGAUUACAAACUCAUACCGUGUCCGGAACGUGCUCAGGUGAUAACGAUAGAAGGUGUAAAAUAUGUAAUAAAGUCUACAAAUCGGUCGACAUCAUGCUCAGACAUCGCAACGCGGUGCAUUCCGAGCCCGUCGUAUGUCCCGAGUGUGGUCAGACGAUGGCGAACCUCGCCAGCAUGCGAAUGCAUUUGCGGAUCGGAUUCUGUUCCGCACAACCUCCGACGAAGUCUGUGAUAGCUGCCAGAACCUGUAAGAUUUGUGGCGAAGAACAGAAAAACCGUUACGCUGUAAAAGGUCACAUGAUACGAGCGCAUCCGGAUCGUAUGCUUCGCUGCGAUAUGUGCAGUAUGGAAUUUAGAACUCAAAGAUAUCUUGAUUUGCACAUACAAUACCACAAAUCCAAAACGUUCCAAUGUAAAAUUUGUGACGAAAUUGUGUCCUCAAAAGAUGCUCUGGUGAAGCAUCGACGAAUCCACAGAGACCCAAUCGCGUGCUCAGUUUGUGACAAAAAGUUUGCUUCCAAACAUACUCUUACUACCCACAUGGAGCGACACAUAGGCCUAAAACCGUUCGCUUGUGACGUUUGUCCGAUGCGGUUUAUUACGAAAAUUGAGUUCCAAGCUCACAUGCUUACGCACACCAAGCAACAGGACCAUGUUUGUGAUCUUUGCGGGUCUCGGUUCACAAAAAAAUAUUCGUUGAAGGCACAUAUCAAGCGAGUUCACGAGGGUAUUCGUCCCUUCGCGUGCUCACAGUGCAGUUUAAGGUUUUCCACCGCACAUCGACUGCAGAUCCACAUGUACACCCAUACCGGGGAAAAACCGAACAAGUGUGAACUUUGCCCGCAGGCGUACGCCCAAACCAACGAUCUGGUCAAGCACGUGGCCCGCGCCCACGGCGAUGGCAAUCCGUACCUUUGCGACCUGUGCGACGAGGGGUUCAAGCUAAUGACGGACCUGCGCCAGCACUAUCGGGUGCAUGUGCAAUCGACGGAAGGUGGCGCCGACCAGAUGGAGGAGGUGCGCUUCACCAGUGUGACGAUUCUGAAGAGGGCGUUCGCUAAAGCGAGACAGCGGGAGGAGGCCGAAAGAGGCUCAUAGUGAUAAUUAAAAUAUUUGUUUGUAUAUAGAAUCUUGUUUUUUAGAGUAUUUCUUAUUGAAAGCCAUCUUCCCUUAGUUAUAUAAUAAAAAGUUCGUUGUUUUUUUAUAAGUUAGGGAAAAA